AUGGCAGGCGAGAUAUUGAGCAAGCCAUUGGCCGUGGCAGGGGAGCUGAAGUCGCUGCUGGGCCGUUGCUCACCAGGUCGCGCCUUCCAUGGAGAAUCAGGGAAGGAUGGAUUGCAGGCCGAAUCCUACCGGCCACUUAUGCUUGCCUGGCCACUUCCCUUGCGCCAGGAGGGGCACCACGCAUGCCAGAAAGCCCUGGAGGUGCUUGUGCCUGUGACUUCGCCAACAGAGGCCCUUCUUGUGGCGAGAUGCAGACUGGUCGUGCAGCUAUGUGUGUCUGCUCCUGAACGAGUGUGGGACAUGUUCGAGGCCGCCCUGAUGCGGGAUGUGCCCUGGGCGCGCGACCUGCUGUACGCGACCAGGCAGGUCUGGCGCAGCACAUACAUCCCUGGUGAGCUCAUCACGGGCGGCUUCCGCCAAGCAGUUCGCACAAAUUCUCGCGCUCUUCUCAAGGCCUGCAAACGGGUCAGUCAGCAUGGCACCCUACUGCGUGCCCUAAAGGCACACUGGGCCACGAACAAGGAGAGCCUUGCUCACUCGCAACCGCUGGUGGAGGCCCGGGCACGACCGCCUCCGGCGUGGAAAUGCCAUGUUUGUCCGGAAACUCGGCCCACGAAGCAUGCCUUGUCUGUGCAUUUGCACCGCACGCAUGGAGUGGUGUCGGAGAGCAUGUCCUUCAUCGUCGACACCGUCUGCCGCUGGUGCUUGCGCGACUUUCACUCCACUACACGUCUGAGGUACCACAUCGAACACACCCCACGGUGCAGAUGUGGGCUUCGUCACGUGGUCGGGCCAAUCUACGUGGCGGGCACAGCCACGAAGCGAGUGGGGGCGGCGGGCCACCUCAGAGUCCCACCACUACAGACUGCGGGUCCUCUUCUGCCGACCCCCCUUCAGCGUCAGGCGGCUGAUGAAGACCGCUAUGCCACGGAGGCUGAACUCCAGGCCGAGUUACAGCGCUGGGUUGAGCUUGAGGCUGCUGCCGGAGACACUGUACCUCAGGUCCCUGCGCCCGCGGUGGCCGAACAUUUCUCCCAAUCAGCCCCGUGUCCUGCAGUGGCCCGGGCCCCAGUAGAGGCUACUGCUGCUGGCUGGAAGGAAUGGCGCUCAAUUACGGAUGAUAUGGCGGCUCCGUCACCCUUGUGGUCCGGGUUGCAGGGACAUCGACUCUGGAGGCUGUCCUUUUCGCUGGCCCCCUUCCUGCCCCUCUGGGCCAUGUGUGCCCACAUGGAGUGGUGGUCAAGGCCGUUCGUGGAAGCCGCCCGCCCACUACGUAUGGAGGCCCAGAGGGGACGCCGCCUACUUCUUCUGAAGGGCACAUCCGUCAAGGCGAUACGCACUGUCUUUGCCGCAGUCGACAAGCGAGUGGUGCUGCACGACGUCCGCUGGGAAGGUCGCAGCUUUGUUCUGGCCUCUCUGAGGCUUGACGCCGUGGCUGCCUUCCAUUCCGAGCUGAGACGUGGCCUUUUGGCUUCACAUGCCAAAACUGUACAGAUGGCCGCCUUGCACCAGUCGCUGCCGUCUCCCUGA